UCUCACUCUCUAUAAUACAGGUGUUCUAUGCACUACCCAUAAAACAAUGAUUGGAUUAGAUUAGUAGUAAGUAGUUCGUUAUAACUGCAAUGAAUGUAAAUUGUAAAGGAAUAAUGGGUAAUACUAAGAGCUUCGGAGAUCGCAAUUAAAGAAUGAAUAGAAUAGAGCUGUAUCCGAAGCCAUGAAUCUCAUAAAACAUGCCAUUUCUUUCUAGUUUCUUCAUUGUUGGCUUUGGUGUUUGAAUUCCUACUUCUCAGCGAUGGACAAGGACAACAAAAAGAAGGAAGUGAUUCGAUUAGAGCGUGAAUCCGUCAUUCCCAUUCUCAAGCCCAAGCUCAUCAUGACUUUGGCCAACCUCGUUGAAUAUAGUUCAGAUCGGGCUGAGUUUCUAAAGUUCUGCAAGAGAGUUGAGUACACAAUUAGAGCUUGGUAUCUACUUCAGUUCGAGGAUUUGAUGCAAUUAUACUCCCUCUUUGACCCUGUAUAUGGGGCUCAGAAGUUGCAGCAGCAGAAUUUAUCUCCUGAAGAAGUUGAUAUACUUGAACAGAAUUUCUUGACAUAUUUAUUUCAGGUGAUGAAGAAGAGUAAUUUUAAGAUAGCUACAAAUGAGGAGAUCGAUGUUGCACUUGCAGGGCAAUAUCUUCUUAAUCUUCCCAUAACAGUUGAUGAAUCUAAGAUUGACAAGACGCUUCUGAAGAGAUAUUUUUUAGAGCAUCCCCAAGAAAACCUUCCAGAUUUUGCUGAUAAGUACAUUAUCUUCAGACGUGGGAUAGGAAUUGAUCGUACAACUGAUUACUUUUUCAUGGAGAAGGUGGACAUGAUCAUUGCACGUCUUUGGGCAUUUCUUUUGAGGCUUACUCGGUUGGACAAACUUUUGAGCAGAAGAUCAGCAAGGCGACAUAAGAAAGUGCCAAAGAAGGAUGAUAAAAUUAACCCUGAAGCAGACAGUGAAGAUUUGUAUGUUGAGCGGAUCCGUCUUGAAAAUAUGGACCUAAGCAUCCGGAACUUGGUGAGCAAGACUACAAUCCAGGAACCUACUUUUGAUAGGAUAAUUGUUGUUUACAGGAGAGCAAGCGCCAAACCAAAUAUGGAACGAGGAAUAUAUGUAAAACAUUUCAAACAUAUUCCAAUGGCAGAUCUUGAAAUAGCCCUUCCUGAAAAGAAAAAUCCAGGAUUAACUCCUAUGGACUGGGUCAAGUUCCUUGCCUCUGCUGUUGUGGGACUGGUUGCUGUAUUUAGUUCUCUUGAAAUGCCUAAAGCUGAUCUGUGGGUCAUUUUUGCCAUUUUGUCAACUGUGAUUGGUUACUGUGCUAAGACAUAUUUCACGUUUCAAGCAAACAUGGAUGCAUAUCAGAAUUUAAUAACACAGUCCAUGUAUGACAAACAACUUGAUAGUGGAAGGGGCACUUUGCUUCACUUGUGUGAUGAUGUGAUUCAACAGGAAGUGAAAGAGGUAAUCAUCUCAUUCUUUAUACUAAUGGAGAAAGGUAAAGCCACCAUGGAGGAUUUGGAUCUAUGGUGUGAAGAACUAAUUAAAGAUGAGUUUGGGGAGAGCUGUAACUUUGAUGUGGAUGAUGCAGUUGAAAAGCUAGAGAAGUUGAAAAUUGUUACUCGGGAUUCUAUUGGACGAUAUAACUGUGUUGGAUUGAAACGUGCUAAUGAGAUAAUUGGUGUGACCACAGAAGAAGUUGUGCUUAAGGCAAGACAGGGUUCUAUUUCAGCUUAAUAAAUGCUGCUGCUGCUGCCUUGGUAAGUUGGGCUACCUUUCUCCAUACCUGAUAACUUGAUGAUAGCAAUCGGCAGGUGACAAGUCUACUCAUAUGCACCUUUGCUCCAAGGUUUCAGAUGGAAGGAACCGUGUUGUCAAAAGUAUCCUUUCCAUAUAUCUUCUUUUCAAACCUACCAACGUUCUUGUAACUACUUUUCAU